UUUGAAUGCCCGAUUUUUUUUUAUCUGUAAACACUUGGAAAUUAAUGCAUCUGUCGAAAUUCGAUUACGCAUAUUUUCCACUCAUGUUUAAUGUAUUUACCAAACGACGAUAUUAGCUUAUGUAGUUUCUCAAAGUACCUAUAUAGACAAUAUAAUAACAGUGGGGCCUGUAUAAAAAUCAUUUAAAUAAUUCGUGUACAAUGUUUUUUUUUUACAUAUUUUAUGCUGACUCAAAAUCGUCAAGAAUUGAAUUUCUGACAAUUAUGUACUAAACGUCUUCGUGUACGGUGAUAGUUGUCGCCGAGAUUGUGGUUUAAAAUUUUUCUAAAAACAUUCUUCAAGUAUAGGUAACAUAACUUAUAGAUAAAAUAGGUAUGUAGGUACCUAUACUAUAUAGUGUAUAAUGUAUAUUUAUAGAGUCGUCAUAAGUGUACGUUAGAAUCAUUUUAUUAUAUUAUGUGUAUUGACUACUUACCAACACCUACGUUUUCAAGUUAAUAAAGAAAUAAUAAAAAUGGACAAUUUUCGGCAACGAUUAUGUUUUUCUUCGCCUACAAUAUCAGAUAUUUCAUUGGAUCGAGAACGAAAUAAUGAUGUUGAAGAUUUAAUGGUAUUUUUUGGUACUGACAAAAUAGGAAAUAUGAUUAUAUUAUGCGUUAAUCAAAAUUAUAAUUUAAAACAAUCUAACUCUUUAAUACACAUCCGAGAUCCUACCGGACUAGAAUUCACAAAUCAAGAAACGGAUAGAGGAUCUUAUGAAUUUUCUAGUUGGAAAACACCCAGUCUUCAAUUUCAAUGUACAGUGCCUAUGCGAACAUGGAGAAUUGUAUUCAGUGGUCGUCUAAGAAAUGGUGAGAACUAUUGUCACGUGAAGAUAAAUUUCUUAUGGAAGCCAUUCGGAUUUCCAGUGUACUGCGAUAAAAAUAAUACGUUUUUCAAACAUGAAAUCGACCUUACAGAUCCGGACUACAUCGACAAUUUAUUGGGAUUUGAUCAGUUUGGUCAAAUUACCGGUUCGAUGUUCGUAGAUGGUAAAACAGAAAUGAUUAACAUGCGAGCAAUGAAAUUAAGACGGUGGAAUAUGUCAGUCGAAGACUCUGCGUUUGUUGGAUUUAUGAACAGUGAUAUAAUGUGUUCCGUACAGAAAUUAGAAAGGAUAAACUUCCGUGGCCAUUUAAAAACGUCUUCAGAACACGAAAUACUCCCACCUGAUGGAAUAGAUUUCGUAAGUGAAGAAAACGACAAUAAGACAAUUGAAAUACAUCAUAAAAAUUUCAGUUUAAAUGCAAGUUUAAAAAGCCAAGUGACUGUCAUUUUAAAUACUGUAUCAAUUGAAAUCGUUCUUGGAGACGACUUUAAAGGAAUACUUCUAUGUUUCAAAGAUGUAUAUAAAACUGACAAGAUAGUAAAAUUUGCAGAAGACAUUUCUGUAAACGAUCAUAAAAUUGGCUUGACCGUAAACUUAGCCUCGGUGAUGUGCAUGUCCAGCAAUAUAGUAGGGAACAAAGCAAAAUCUUUGUUCCAAUUAAAAAAAGCAAUCGUUGAUGGUCUGAUUAACGACAUUAUUGUCCCGGACGGUAUAUGCAUAACGACAGUAGCGAUGAGAACUCAUAUAAACGAAAAUAAAAAAUUGUCGAUCGAUUUAAACAACGCGAUCGAAAAAGCAAAGCAGAGCGAUUUCGAACAGAUGGCGGUUUACUGUAAACGGUUGAACGAUCAGUGGCGGUCGACUAAACUGUGCGCUGAGUUGCUAGAGGCGAUUUCGAACGGCGUAAACGAACACCAUGUGUACGCCGUACGUUCGUCUGGAACGUUCGAGGACGGCGAAUCUACGUCCUCUGCCGGCCAAUACGUCACAAUUCUAGGCUGUACCGGUGGUACUUGUAACAUCGGGGAGGCCGUUAUAGAAUGUUGGUCGUCAAAUUUCUCGGCGCGAGCUUUGACAUACCGAAAGAACAACGGACAGCCGUUGAUGUGUGACAUGGCCGUGAUCGUACAAGAACAAGUGAGCGGUCCAGGUGUGGCCGGAGUCGCGUUCUCCAGAGACCCGAAUACCGGCGAUCCCGGGAAGAUCACCGUAGCCGCGAGUUAUGGUCUGGAAAAAGCGGGCGUUGUGUCAGGAUCAGUCGAACCCCACGAGGUUGUUGUUUCUAGACUGCAGUUCGAGGCAGUCGAUGACAAUGUCACUACGUCUGCGGGACUUCUGCAGGCAACAUCAAAUUUUAGAGUUGAAAAUGACAAUGAUGAGAAACCGCUGCAGUGUAUUUCCAAUAAUUUGGCGAAAAAGUUGGCUGACAUCUGCGUCCGAGUGGAAGGCGUAUUUGGUUCGCCGCAGGACAUUGAGUGGGUGGCUGUAGAGGAUCGAGUUUACCUUCUCCAGUCGAGACCGAUCACGUCCAUAUUCGCUUGGAGUAACGACGAAAUCACGCGAGAAUUUGACUCGCCAUUUACGAGCGACGACGUGGUUAUGUUUUACAACGUAAAAGAAGUCUACCCCAACCCUAUGCACACUUUAUCGUUGACUUUGGAUUUCUUUUCAACGUACCCACUGUUUAAAUUGACCGAAGGAGAGCCCACUGAAAUCUACCGCAACAAACAGUUGUCCUACACGCACAACAAUAUGUGUCUUAACGUAUGUCAAAUGUUUCAAGAUUUAGAACCUGGCAGCGUAUACGUUAAGAUAAUCGAGUACUCGAUAGCCGGCCAAUGUUUCUUAACAAGUGAUAUAUGGGAGAAAAUAUUAUUAAAGAAUCGCAGUUCUACGUUAAAAAAAAUUUUAAAAUCUUUUUCUACAUUUAAGGAAACACUAUACCUUGAAUGGCGAUUAAACGAGACACACAAAUUGAUUUCUAAUGCAAACAUAGAACAUUCAGGCACGGCGUUGGAUCUUUUGAAUAAUAUCAAUAGCGUUGUAGAUGUUUUAGAAAAGGUAUACAUUAAACAAUAUUCAAUAUAAU